AUGGAUGAAGAUCAAGACGGUGAUGCAGAAGAACUGUAUCUCGGAACAAAGGACAAGGGUUGGGGAAAAAGUGUUUAUGAUGAUGAUAACGGGUUCGUUGCUGAUCCAAAAGCAUUCUAUGAAUCCGAUUUCGACCCGGACUUCUGGUCCGAAGAAGAAAUGACGAUUUUUGCCAGACGAUAUUCCUUAUUCCCGAAACAGUUUGGCAAAAUCGCUGCAUCGUUACCACAGAAGACAACCGCUCAAUGUGUCGCAUACUACUAUCUCACGAAGAAGGAAGAU